GGAGCAACGCAGUCUUCAUGGCUCUUAAUCUCUAAAGACUCCUUUUAAUAUGUUCAGUAGCUACAUUUUAUCCCAGUGUAGUAGUCAAACUGAAAACAGUAGGUUACAAAUGCAUACACAUUUAAACGUUUGGUGCAUCUGAAUCACAAAGCAUGUAUUUUCAGUGAAAACCUUUUUAUGCCAGGCGCCUACUGAGAUAACGAAUAUUGCGUGUCAUUCACGGAUUAGGCUACACUACACUACAGUCGUAUUUUCAGGUACUACUAGUCUACCCUUGCACAAGUUCGUUCUGGUAAACUUUCGAUUUAUAGUUGGGAGGGACUACUAAACAAUAGGGCGGAUGGGGUGGGACUGUAUUACAGGUAUUCAAAUAAAUUGCAAUCUGUGCUGCAUACAUGGUUCUACAUCUGUUCAUAACUUCAGUAGCUACUGCAGUAAACAACUAUUUAGGCGCGAAGUUAGAGAACUGCUGUUCAGCACCUCAUAAUCUCCAGUCAGCAAAUACGACCACAAGCCGUUGUGUUUUUGUGGGGUUCUUACACUUCUUAAGUGGUCUACAGAGUUUUAAAAUCCACAUAUCAGGAUCCUGAUGGACGACUUCAAUUUCACCAUCGAUCCAAGCUGUCUACAGGAAGCUCCUUUGGCUGUUGAUGUCAUAAAGCAACUGGAUGUUUUUGGGAUCAUUCUGUACUCCAUCUUGACCCUUAUGGCUGCUGUGUCUCUGCUGGUUUACCUGGAAGAAUCUGUGUACGUCUACAGAAAAGUCCCAUCUCCCAAGAAAACCACCAUCAUAUGGGUGAGCGGCGCAGCACCAGUCAUUGCUACCAUGUCCUGUCUAGGGCUCUGGAUUCCAAAAGCGAUAAUGUUCACCGAUAUGACCUCUGCCUCGUACUUUGCAAUUGUUGUUUACAAGUUCUUGAUCCUGAUGUUGGAGGAGUGUGGAGGAGAGGAGGAGUUUCUGAGACGUUGUGCGCAGGACCGGUUUCGGAUUAGCACAGGGCCCUGCUGUUGCUGCUGUCCCUGUCUGCCGCAUGUGCCAGUCACACGGCGGACACUGACCAUAUUGAAGUUUGGAUCACUCCAGUUUGCUCUGCUAAAAACUGUCUUCACGAUCUUAUCCAUAGUGCUCUGGACUAAUGGGAACUAUGAUCUCUCUGAUCUGACGAUAACUGGAACUGCAAUCUGGAUCAACCCAUUUGUGGGGGUUCUCACCAUCAUCGCACUCUGGCCUGUUGCCAUCAUGUUUAUGAAUCUCCGCAACACCUUGAGAAGCCAGAAGAUCAUUCCCAAAUAUGCCAUGUACCAGCUGGUUCUAGUCCUAAGUCAGCUACAGACGGCCAUUAUUAACAUCUUGGCCCUGAAUGGAGCUAUUGCCUGUGCACCACCCUUCUCCUCCCAAGUUCGUGGAUACUUGAUGAGCCAGCAGCUGUUGAUUUUGGAGAUGUUCAUCAUAACGUUAGUGAAUCGCGCGCUGUACCGACGGCACUAUGACAAUCUCCCUGCUGCCGACCAGCACGAAAAGGACAAUGCUGAUAAUGCCACAAUCAUCUUGCACAGCAAGAAUGGGGACAACAUGGCGUGAAUGUGAAAAGCUGUCAGAGAGUGUGCGUGUGUGAAUUUAUGUUUGAGUGUGUCCCAGUAUGCACAGGUAGGUUUGGAUCUCAGAACCAUACACAGAGAACAAGGGAUGCUGCAGGUGCAGCAGCACCCCAGUCUGGAAAAGGGACCAGUGCUUUGCAGUGCACGGACAGUGCAGUGGAGAACACCAAAAGCAAUAGCUUCCCCAAAGAAAAAUGUCAGAUUUAAAUAUAAUGUGUAAACCUUUGUUUAUUGUGUCAAUGCCAAAAUCUAUUGUGUUGCUAUUUUCAAUAUAUUUUGUCCACUAAUAGAGGAUGCCCUUGAAGUGGUGUAGAAUUGGUAUUUCAUUUAGAACCACUUGAUGCACCUGCCUUUGAUGUUGCCUAUGUGUUUUAAUGACUGCGUUUGUAAUAAUUUCAUAGAAUAGCUUAUUGUAAACUUUGUGGGAUGAUUUUCCCACAUUAUUGUAUAUCCAGCAAUUUACAUUAUUUUUACAUAAGGUUCUGUGCUUACCUAAGUCUGAAAAUGUGCAGCCUAAUCUUAGAGACUUUAAUGAGAAAGAAAGUGUUUUGCAAUGGUAUCUCAUCUUGGGUUCAACUUUGGUUUUCAUCUGUAUUAGCCUAUUGCAAUUAUAGGAUACUACUUGGAGAACAUCCCCUCUGAUUCUGGAAGGUAGAUCUCUUUAAAAAAAGUAUUCAAAGUAAAAUAAAUAUUUCAAAUACAACCAACUUGGCAUGUAUGAAGGAAUUUUCCUGCAGAAUGAAAUUGUGUCAAAUUAAUUGUUAAAAAGUUAAACAAUCACAAUGUUUAAAAUAUUGUAUCAGAUCCUUUGGUUAGCCUUAUUAGUAGUACUUUAUAUACACUUAUCACUACUGCCAGCACUCCCACUGAAAAAAAUAUGUUCCAGUGCACCUGCUCAGAGCUGUAAAAAUAUUAGAGCAAAGCUAUAUAGGCAAUGUUUUAUUUAUUUUUAACAUAUAUUUUUGUGUAAAAAUGUGUGAGUGUGUCUAUUUUGUUUCAACUGUGUUUUGUUGUCAUCUUCACAGAUCUUAUGUUAAAGAACAGAAAUAGAGAGUUGAGUUCAUUUAAGUUGAAAGUACAAACAAGCUGUAAAUAGAAUGAUGUUUAAUUCAGGUGAGGACUGAAACUUUUCUGUCUUUAUAUAAAACUGUUCUUCUCACUAUGCAGCUGUGGUAAGAAGACUGUGGUAAAUUAUGGACAUUUCCCUCAGAUUGGGGGUUUAUGGGGGAUUCCUCCUGUAGGAGAGGUAAUACAGUCAGUGAGAGCUUCACUCUGUCCUCCAACAAACAGAACAGUGAACUCCCUGGAUGAUGUUUUAGUACUGUACUGUACUUUUCUGCCAUGUAGUUCUGUGCAAUUUUGAGCAAACUGUCACAGUACAGACCACUGCACUGAUGUUUCAGAUGGUUCACAGUUGCAAAGAUUCUGCAUGUUUGUGUGUUUAAAACCACAUGCAAACCUUAUAUAACUGGUAGUAGAGAGAGAGACCUGCAGAUGUCAUUGUGAAAAAAGCACACUCGCAAAGUUUUAGGUGGCAGUGUAGUAUAAUGGCUAAGGAGUUGGUCUUGUAACCUAAAAGGUUGUAGGUUCAAUUCGCCGGUAGGACACUGCCGUUGUAUCCUUGAGCUAGGUGCUUAACUUUUAUUGCUUCAGUAUAUAUCCAGCUGUAAAUGGUCUGCAUCUCAUGAAUGAGCGCCUCUCAUUCACCAGGGCAGUUAGGGGUUAGGUGUCUUGCUCAGGGACACUUUGACACGCCCAGGGCUGGGUUCAAACCAGCAACCCUCUGACUGCCAGACAACCACUCUUACCUCCUGAGCUAUGUCGCCCUUGGAUAAGUAUAUUCUGGAUAAGAAUAUCUGCUAAAUGCCUGUAAACUACAGUUUUAAAAAUGUGUCAGAAUGCAUGUGUUUAUAAAUUCUAAACCACCAUUUAGUGAAUUCACAUUAAAACAUUUUAAAGCAAGCUUCCUCUCAUCAUUAGGGGUCCAAGUUCAUAGGGCUGGAACCAUUUUCUUUAGUUCUGGUUUUUGUUUAUUUUCUUCAGGUUCUUCCUCCAGCUUUUUAUAAAUUCCUGUAAGAUGGUAAAUGCUAGAGACAUGAAAUUUUCAUCAAUAACAGUUAUGAUGUACAAAUACAACAAAAGGAAUAUUUUCCCAAUUGGCCAUAAGAUGGUGCUAUAAUUAACAAUCCUCAUUUUCUAUUUUUUCUCCAAUUUCUCUAACUCCAAUUUAGGCUAAAAUUGGUACACAGUUUCUGGCAUGCAUUCUCUACAACAUGGACUGUCAACUUCCACC